AUGGCGGUCGGUAAAAAUAAGGGUCUGUCGAAAGGUGGUAAAAAGGGUGUUAAGAAGAAGAUUGUGGACCCAUUCACCCGCAAAGACUGGUACGAUGUCAAGGCACCGUCUAUGUUCACCAAGAGACAAGUUGGCACCACCCUUGUCAACCGUACUCAGGGUACAAAAAUCGCAUCUGAAGGACUGAAGGGCCGUGUCUUUGAAGUUUCGCUGGCCGAUCUUCAAGCUGAUACUGAUGCGGAAAGGUCCUUCCGUAAGUUCCGCCUGAUUGCUGAAGACGUGCAGGGUCGCAAUGUGCUCUGCAACUUCCACGGAAUGGACCUCACCACUGACAAGCUCAGAUGGAUGGUUAAGAAAUGGCAGACUCUUGUGGAGGCCAACAUCGAUGUUAAGACCACUGACAACUACCUGCUCCGUGUUUUCUGCAUUGGUUUCACCAACAAGGACUCUCUUAGUCAGCGCAAGACCUGUUAUGCUCAGCACACCCAGGUCCGUGCCAUCAGAAAAAAGAUGUGCGAGAUCAUCACCCGUGACGUGACCAACUCUGAAUUGCGUGAGGUCGUGAACAAACUCAUUCCUGAUUCCAUUGCCAAGGAUAUCGAGAAGUCGUGCCACGGUAUCUACCCACUUAGAGAUGUCUGCAUUAGAAAGGUCAAGGUGCUGAAGAGGCCGCGUUUCGAGAUCUCCAAGUUGAUGGAACUCCACGGCGAAGGUGGCAGUGGCAAGAGGGGUGAGGCCGGCGACAAGUCGGAGCGCCCUGAGGGCUAUGAGCCUCCCGUACAAGAGAGCGUUUAA